CACCUAUCGCAGUGAAAGGGUGAUAGGGUUGGGGGUUGGCGUAGUCGAUGCAGAGUUUUCCCCACAUGUGUCUCCCUUCGGUCGGUGGAAGAGUGGAACUAAACAGUGCGGGGAUACUUUAGACUGGAGAACGGUUCCAUUUGGGUCUGAACUGUCCAGAAACGAUGGACUCGCUGUUGUACUUAGCGGGCUUGGUCGUAUUGUUCCUGUUGUGGAUCAAAGUCAAAGGUCUAGAUUACGUGAUAGUUCACCAGCGGUGGAUAUUUGUGUGUUUGUUUCUGCUACCGCUCUCCGUUAUAUUUGAUGUGUAUUAUUAUGUGCGUGCGUGGCUCAUAUUCAAGAUGUGCUCGGCGCCCAAACUGCACGACCAGCGCGUGCGAGAUAUCCAGCGACAGGUGCGUGAGUGGAGGAAGGACGGCAGUAAGACCCACAUGUGUACGGGGCGGCCCGGCUGGCUCACCGUGUCUCUCAGAGUGGGGAAAUACAAGAAAACCCACAAAAACAUCAUGAUCAACAUGAUGGACAUUCUGGAGGUGGACACAAAGAGACAGGUGGUGAGAGUAGAACCGCUGGCCAACAUGGGUCAGGUGACCGCUCUCCUCACCUCUAUUGGCUGGACGCUGCCUGUGCUGCCCGAGCUCGAUGACCUCACUGUGGGUGGUUUGGUGAUGGGUACAGGCAUUGAGUCAUCCUCUCAUAUUUACGGGCUGUUUCAGCACAUCUGUGUCGCAUUUGAACUGGUUCUAGCUGAUGGGAGCUUAGUACGCUGCACUGAGGAGGAAAACCCGGACCUGUUCCAUGCCGUCCCCUGGUCCUGUGGAACUCUGGGGUUCCUGGUUGCAGCAGAGAUUAAAAUAAUCCCCGCUAAACCCUGGGUGAAGCUGCGCUAUGAGCCGGUCAGAGGGCUGGAGAACAUCUGCAAACGGUUCACUGAAGCAUCGGAGGACAGGCAGAACUCGUUUGUUGAGGGGCUCCAGUACAGUCGGGAUGCCGCCGUCAUCAUGACGGGAACAAUGACUGACCACGCUGAGCCUGAUAAGAUCAACCGAAUCGGCCUGCACUUUAAACCCUGGUUCUUUAAACACGUGGAGGGCUACCUGAAGGGCGACUACGCAGGAGUUGAAUACAUCCCUCUAAGACAGUACUAUCAUAGACACACACGCAGCAUCUUCUGGGAACUUCAGGAUAUUAUUCCUUUCGGGAACAACCCAAUAUUUCGUUGGCUUUUUGGAUGGAUGGUUCCUCCAAAGAUCUCCCUGUUGAAGCUCACCCAGGGUGAGACCAUCAGGCGGCUUUAUGAACAACACCACGUAGUCCAGGACAUGCUGGUACCCAUGAAAAAUCUGCAGGAUGCCAUCACGCGCUUCCACCAGGACAUCGACGUUUACCCUCUGUGGCUGUGUCCAUUCCUGUUGCCGCCAGGCAGAGGGAUGGUCCACCCCAAAGGUCAAGAGGAGGAGUUGUAUGUGGAUAUCGGGGCUUAUGGAGAGCCCAAAGUCAAACACUUUGAAGCUAAAGCAUCAACGCGUCAGCUGGAGAAGUUUGUUAGAGAUGUGCACGGGUUCCAGAUGCUGUAUGCAGAUGUGUACAUGAACCGAGAGGAGUUUUGGGAGAUGUUUGACGGACAGCUGUAUCACAGACUGAGAGACGAACUAGGCUGUAAGGAGGCCUUCCCGGAGGUUUACGACAAAAUCUGUAAAUCUGCCAGACACUGAACCCCAUCACUGGUACCUGACCUCGGCCCUGUGCCGCAGAUACACUCAGGCUCUGGCUGCAAGUCACGUUUGGUGUCAGCUUCUGGUUUGGGGAAGUUUCAACAAAAACAAA